AUGCGACCAACCGCGUUGAUACCGGCGCUGCUGAGCGCCGCAGCUCUGGUGCUCGCUUUCCUGUGUCUCUUCGCAGGCCACAAGAAGGACUUCAUGGAGGACUACCACGUCCUCACGCUCAACACCUCUCGCCUAGGCGAGGGCGUCGUAAACGGAACCCUUGGCUCAGACGACGGCACUCUAGGCUCCCUCUGGGACCUCGUCCCAGACAGCAUCCAGUCCGACGUCAGCGAAGCCGCCGGCGUCAUCACCGAGAAACUCGGCAUCGAAGACUUCUACUCCGCCCACCUCCUCGACUACUGCUUCGGCCAAUACACCCCCACCGAAACCCCCAACGCCACCAUCUCUGCGUCAGAUAUCCACAAAAAUGUCACAGGCUGCUCCAACCAGACCGCCAUGUUCUGGUUCAACCCCAACGAGAUCAUCGAGCAGGCGCUCAACAAGUCCGGGCUCGGCGUCACGCUUGCAGACCUGGAAUGGCCAGAGGACGUCCAGAAGGGCCUCGACGCCCUGCGCAUUGUGAGCGUCACGGCGUUCGUACUGUACUGCAUUGCCAUCGGGUUGAUCUUCCUGUCUUUCGUCAGCGCUUUGGUAGCGGUCUUCACAUCCGGCCGUCUCUCCGCAUGCGUCAACCUCCUCCUGGGCAUCCUCUCCUUCCUCGUCAUCGGGCUAGCGAGCGCGCUCGUCACAGCGGUCAUCGAGAAGGGCGGCGACGUCAUCAACGAGAAGGGCAACGAGAUCGGCCUGCAGGCGAAUAAGGGGAAGAAGUUUGAGGCGCUGACGUGGGUUGCUACGGCGCUUACGUUUGUUGCGAUGGCCAUGUGGGUGUUUGAGACGUGUGUGGGGCGGAGGAGGAAGGUGGCUUACGAGCCUGCUAAGCAUGGCUGA